AAACUUGUUGGGCAAAAAACGUGCAGCCCUGAUCUUUUAAGCAGAGUAUGAAGGUUUGAAUAAACUGGCUUGCGCUUCUAGCAAGUACAUGGUCCAAGCUCCGCUCAGCUGAUGUUGACAACCAAACAUAAACAAACAUUGAUUGUUUUGAAGGAGUUUUUCUUAUUAAUUUAAUUUAAAUAUAACUGGAUUGUUUAAACGCCCUUACCUUAAACACGUGCCAAGAGUUGAAAUGGCUGCCCAUCUGCAAGGAGGCAGAGUGGACAUAUCGUUGCUGCAAGCUGCUGCUUGGGGCAAUUUAGUGGAGCUGUUAGAAAAAUGCCCUGGAACCAAAGCGAUUGUCUGGGAUAGCUCUUUAGCAGGGCCUGUGGGCUUAAUCGCAGAGUACAUCAAGCUGCGAGAACAUUCYGUCAGGAAAAUGUACCCCUUGCGGCCCAUACCAUUACCUGAAACAGAUGUAGAUCAUAUAAUUUUUAUUGCUAGGCCAAAGCUUCAUCUAAUGGAYUAUAUUGCGCGAAACGUGAAAGACGACGCCAAAGGCAAGCACAACUGUAAAAAGGAAUAUCACUUGUUCUUUGUACCGAAAAAGAGCCUGCUGUGUGAAGAGGCUUUAAAACAUCAAGGCGUUUAUGGCAAUAUGAUUUUCAUUGAGGAGUUCAAGUGCCAGCUUAUUCCUUUUGAUUCUGAUGUUGUUUCAAUGGAAAUUCCGGAAGUUUUUAGGGAAUAUACAAUAGAAAAUGACCCAACGUAUAUUUACCAAACCGCUCAAGCCAUUAUAUUCCUGCAGAAAUUGUAUGGUCCGAUUCCAAGAGUUUGGGGCAAAGGAGUGGCCGCAAAGCAAGUGUGGGACUUGGUGACUCGCCUCCAAAGGGAACAGAGAAGCUCUGAGGACACAAAAUCCAAUCAAACCUCAUGCAUUGAUCAAAUCUUGCUAAUUGAUCGAUCAGUGGAUUUGAUCACACCGCUAGCAACUCAAUUGACUUACGAGGGUUUAAUUGAUGAAAUUUUUGGUAUCAACAACGCGACCGCCAAUUUCCCCAUAGACAACUUCCUAAGCACCGAAGAACGAACCACAGAGUCAUUGUCUGAGGACAAGAAGCAAGUGAUUUUAAACUCAGCAGAUAAACUGUUUUCCGAUAUCAGAGACAAAAGCUUUAAUGCUGUCACAAUAUAUUUGGCCAAGCAAGCCAAAAGCGUGGCAUCCCAAAUGGAGAACGCUCAGGAUAAAUCGGUCAAGGAAAUGAAACUUUACGUGCAAAGAUUGCCCCAAAUGUUGACGAAAAAGAAACAACUCGCCACUCAUACUUCGAUUGCUGAAUGUAUCAAGGAAUACACGGAUCGGGAUGAUUUUUUUGAUACUUUGAAGGCUGAACAAGAGUUUUUGAGCUGCUUUGAGGUAGAUAAACCCAGUCCCUAUAUUGAGGAGCUGAUGGCACAAGGAAAACCCAUGAUUAAAGUGCUGAGACUGAUUUGCCUGCAGUGCAUUUGCUCAUCUGGACUCAAGCCGAAGGUUUUAGACGGUUAUAAACGAGAAUUAGUGCAGGUAUACGGGUUGCAAGCACUUCUAGCCAUAACAAAGCUGGAAAAAGUUGGGAUGCUCAAACUGCAGUCGGGUACUAGGCAAUACACCGUUCUAAGAAAAACGCUUCGCCUGGUUAUGGAGGAUGUUUCGGAGAUAAAUCCCACGGAUAUUUGCUAUGUGCACAGCAUUUAUGCCCCUCUAAGUGUACGCUUAGCGGAACAAGUAACGAAAACUGGGGGCUGGAAGCAACUGCACGAUGUUUUAGGGCUUUUGCCAGGUCCUACAUUGGAUGAAUCGCCAACAAUUCCUUCAAAUGUAAUCCAGAACGUAGAUAGUCCAAAAGUGGUGCUAGUUUUCUUUAUCGGUGGUUGCACGUUUGCGGAGAUAUCAGCGUUAAGGUUCCUCUCUCAACAAGAAGACUCCAACGUGGAAUUUGUGAUAGCAACGACAAAAUUGAUCAAUGGAAACACCUUCCUUAAGUCUAUAAUAGAAGCUUAAAUAUUCUUGUAUUAUUCCAACUUGUUCAUAUUAUUUAUUGUUUAAGAGCACUUUUGUAUAAGAAAAAGAUUGUGCAGUUACCGAAAAUUAAACUUAUCUACGCCUUGGA